GUCAGCGCGCAACUUUGUGUCCUACACAGCGCCAGCGGUAACACAAUUUAAACACACUUGUUACUUGCCAUCGGCCGCAGCUCGUCGCAACUCAGAUCAAACGACUCCAAAUGUGUUCAUAAAAACCAGACACUGGGUUUAAUUUGUGCCACUUGUGCCUAAAUUACUACAUCAUAGUGCCCUGUGAUGUGCCAUAUAAGAUAAUCGCCACACUUUUGGAUUAUAUUCUCUUAACACCACACCGAAAAUACUUUGUUUCAGAUUGCAGAAAUGUAUAGGCAACUAAAUGGUAAAAGAGAAGGUUUUGCGAGGACCAACAGUAUCUGCCCUACACCCGAAGAGGUUCUUCUCAAAUCGGUGCUGAAAAAUGAAGUGAGAAAUAUCACCCGCAUAGUUGAAAGUAGCCCCAACUUGCUUAGUCACAUUUACGGAGCUGAAUACAAUAAACCUAUUCUCCUAAUUGCUUGUUCUGAAGAACGGGUUAAAGCGGAAACGGUAAAAACUCUUAUAGAUUUAGGCGCCGAUCUCUACUACUCCAGUGACAUAGACGAAGAAUGGCAGGCGUUACAUUUUGCAGCUUACAGCACCAAAAGCGAGACUUUGCGGGUAGUUGUGGAGAAUUUAAGGAAUCCAGGGGAUAUCAACAUUCUCGCAAAAGGCAGCAAUGCACUCCAUAUCCUGAUUCGCUACGGAAAAAACGAUUCUCUAGAGCAAUUCGUUGAAUGUGCUAAGAUAUUGGUACGAGAAGGCAUCGACGUGAACCAAGGCGACGGAGAUGAUGUCUCCCCCAUACUAUGGGCUGCCAAGAAGGGGUUCAAGGAGAUAAUAAAAGUAAUCCUGGAAUCAAGCGAUAUACCGGUUGACAUAGAUUCUCAUAAAUCUAGAAAGGACACUGCUAGGGAUAUCAUACAGAGAAAGAACCUUUACGAUGGCAUAUUACCAGACAAAAAUGACAACCAAAACGAUAGCGACGCAAACAUUUUAUUCAAAUAUCUGCAUUCUAAGAACGAAAAUGCCUUUUUGAAUUUUAAGGGCGGUGAUAUUUUCGACUUAGUCAAUGCUGAUAACACCUCCUCAACAUUGCUGCAAGUUAGUUGCGAAAAACGUUUGAAAAGAGCUGCGGAACAUCUUAUAAACAAAGGCGCCGAUCCCAAUUCAACGACGAGCAAGAACAGAAAGACUCCGAUUGAAAUAACCACUGACAAUGGCUGCUACGAGAUUUUCGACAUUUUAUUGGACCAUCCAAAAACGCGUGUUCCUAAAUCAGUAUUAGUGACGCUAUUAAAGAACAUAGAUAACGAAGAACUUCCCGGUAUUAGCCACAGUAAAUGUUAUGAUAUCCUCUUGGAGAAACUGCAUAAACAUAGGGACCUCAUUGAUAUCAACGAGACAGAUGAAUCCAAGAACUCACCACUUCACUAUGCAGUUCGAUACUCUGAUCCUGAGAAGGUUGAAAAUCUUUUACAGUUAGGUGCGUCUUUGGGUUCGAAGAAUAAAUAUGGAGUGAUGCCCAUACAAGACAUUGAACCGGAAGUUCUAGAAAAACACUUGGAUAGUUGCAUACAAUUUGAUUUGAAAGGGAAAAAAUUCGAAAAGGAAGAUUUCUCGAUAACCUUUAACUACAACACGAUCAUUCCUCCCAGUGAGAAAAUUGAGUACAAUGUGGCAUUCGAGAACAGCGAUCCUGAAACAAACUUAAACCACAUCGUCACCCGAGAACUUGUAACUGAAACUGAAGUGAUUUCAUAUAUGAGCAAAGCUCCCGAAUUUAGGUAUCUUCUCAAGCACCCUGUGGUUGUCAGCUUUCUGUUCGUGAAAUGGCACUGUAUUCGAUGGUUAUUUUAUACGAAUCUCGCGUUUUACAUCGCUUUUGUCUUAUCUUUAGUUGUGUAUAUAUUUGUGUGGUAUGCCAACUUCAGUAAUACAGAAAACUCCUCGUUCGAAAACUUUGUUGCGAAUUUAUCCUACGGAAUAUUUUUUCUAACUUACAUAAUACUCAUAUUUCGAGAACUAUUCCAAAUGACUGUCUCACCUAACAAAUAUUUUAGAAACUUUGAAAAUUAUGUUGAAAUUAUACUCAUAUUCUUUACUGGUUGUAUAUUAUUUGUAAGUAAUCCCGUAGAUGACACUAGAAGAAUAUUAUCUUCGGUGUCGAUACUUCUAGCAGCUUUUGAACUGGUACUAAUGGUUGGUCAACAUCCAAAACUGUCCACUAACGUAGUGAUGUUGGAGACGGUUUCUUUAAAUUUCUUCAAAUUUCUUAUGUGGUAUUCACUCCUAAUAAUAGCUUUUGCGCUAAGUUUUUAUAUACUGUUUUCCGAGGCAGAAGUAGACAACAAAAAUAACACAGAAAACGAUGAUGGAGAAGAAGAUUUUUUCACGGACCCAGGAAAAUCUAUGUUCAAAACAAUUGUGAUGUUAACUGGGGAGUUCGACGCAGGUUCAUUGAAUUUUCAUCAUUUCCCAAUUACGAGCAAAAUAAUGUUCGCCCUAUUCAUCUUCAUGAUAGCCAUCAUACUGUUGAAUCUCCUCAAUGGUUUGGCGGUAAGUGACACCCAACAGAUUAAAAACAAUGCUGAGUUAGUUGGUCACAUCGCUAGAGCUCAACAUAUCCGGUAUGUUGAAAGCAUGCUCUUAGGCAAUAUUUUACCAAAGAACAUUUUCAAGAGAAUAAACGACUUUUGUUGCUGCUUCUCUGAGGCAUCGAAUUGCAAUUUUAGAAUCUCCAAACCGUUGGCAAAAAAGGCUUGUUUAUUUCCACAUUACUUGGAUUACAAACUCACUGUUUAUCCGAACAAAUAUGGUCAAAUUUAUUUAGAAAAGAGACAGUCUAUAUUCGGGAAAAAUUGUAUAGGCUCUUGUGCAUACAUAUAUUUGGAUAAGGAGACUAUAAAGAGAACAAACAGGAUCAUUCAAGAAAGAAGAGAAGCCCUGAAAGUCAAAAAAGAGGAUAAUCAAAUCCGGAGAAUUGAAAACAUCGUUAAAAUUUUGGCUGAAAACGCUGGUAAUGAUAGGAAGGAAAUUUCUGAAUUGAAUAUAAAAUUAGAUGAUAUAAUUAGACACAUUAAUGUUGAAAAUGACCAAUAAAAUGUUAUUUUUAUAUGAAAUGUAUAAUCAACAAAUGUAUAUAAUUAUUCUAUAUUGUUUAUGUCUGAACAUUAUACUUACCUAAAAUAAAAAUAUCACAAACAACUUUCAGACCA